AUGUCCCUCCUCCAGCAGACCGGAGAUGUCUUCAAGGCAUACUUCCUGCCGGCCCUCUUGGUCUUGGUUGUGCUUCACUUCGCCAUCAACCGCUAUGGAUAUGGUCUGGGAAAGAUCCCUGGCCCGUUCGUGGCGUCGUUGACGGACUUUUGGCGCAUGUUCCACGCCUACACGAACAAAGGCCACCAGGACUAUCUUCUCCAUCGGAAGUACAACUCUCCCGUGCUGCGAGUCGGGCCCAAAACAGUGGCAGUGGCUUCUCCCGACGCCGUUCGUGUCAUCUAUGGCUGGAAGCCAGUCUAUCGCAAGACCCAGAUCUAUACCACGCAGUCUCAACUCAACUCGAACGGGCAGCUGGUGGAGAACCUCGCUUCCACCAUGGACGAGGAAAAGCACACGCGCCUGGCGAAACCGGUGGCCGCCGCCUACGGCAUGAGCACGCUGGUUGAGUUCGAGCCGCUGGUGGAUUCCACGUCCCGGACGUUCGUGGAGCAGAUGGAACAGCGGUUUGCGCGGCCGACGAAAGAAUGCCCUCUGGAUCGGUGGCUGCAGAUGUAUGCCUUCGAUGUCAUUGGCGAGCUGACGUUCAGCAAGAGGAUUGGAUUCCUCGAGACCGGGCAGGAUGUCGACCAGAUGAUGUACCAUACGGGCCGGUUCAUGGAGUACACGGGCGUGGUCGGCCAAGUGCCCAAUCUGGACUGGUAUUUCCGCAUCAAAAACCCGAUCCUGCACAUGUUGCGGCCGACCAGCAACAUCCUAGGCUUCACGCUCAAGCAGAUCCGAGAGCAUCAAAAGUCGUCUCACAGCCCCAGCGACAGCCACAGCGGCCCCCGCGAUUUCUUGACCCGCUUUCUCGAGGCGCGGGAGAAAUACCCGGACAUUGUCGACGAGGGCUUGGUGCACGACUACGCCAACACCAACGUGGCCGGCGGCUCCGACACCACGGCCAUCAUCCUUCGCACGCUGGUGCAUCAGUUCGUGACCCAGCGCAGCAUCCUCGACAAGGUGCUGGGCGAGAUCGGAGCCGCCUUACGGGCGCGCCAGGCACCAGGAGAUGCGGACCCCGACCCUGACCCCGACGCUGACGCCGACAUGGAUCGGCCCAUCACCUGGGCGGAAGGCUUGAAAAUGACCUAUUAUCAGGCCUGUAUCAAGGAAGCUCUCCGCUUCCACCCUGCCACGGCUCAGAUCCUGCCUCGACUCGUGCCCGCGGGCGGCGUCGAGCUCGGCGGCCAUUAUCUGCCACCGGGCACGGUGGUCGGAUGCAACGCCUGGUCGGUCCACCGCGAUCCAGUCCUGUACGGGCAGGACGUCGACCGGUAUCGGCCCGAGCGGUGGCUGGAGGUGUCGCCCGACCAGGCACGCAAGAUGGAGACGUCGCUCUUGACCUUCGGGGCGGGCAAGCGGGCCUGCGUGGGCAAGAACAUCGCCAUGCUGGAGAUCACCAAGUUCAUCCCCGAGUUCUUUCGUCGCUUCGACGUCGAGUUGGUCGACCCUGAGCGCUGGAAGAUCACCUCCACCUGGCUGGCGGUUCAGAGUGGUUUGGAUGUGAGGUUGAAGGUCCGGCCGUUGGAAUCUUUGCUCGCUGAGUGA